GUGUGUGAGCGGGGCCCCUGGGUGAGGCCGGCCCCCGCCCCCGGGAGCGGCGGGCCGGGGGGCUGAGGGGAGCAUGGCGCGGGGUGGGGCGGGGCCAGAGGAGGCCUCCCUGCGCUCCAGCGCGCUGUCCUGGCUGGCCUGUGGGCUCCUGGCCCUGCUGGCCAACGCCUGGAUCAUCCUCAGCAUCUCGGCCAAGCAGCAGAGGCACAAGCCGCUGGAGCUGCUGCUCUGCUUCCUGGCGGGCACGCACAUCCUCAUGGCGGCCGUGCCCCUCACCACCUUCGCCGUGGUGCAGCUGCGGCGGCAGGCCUCCUCAGACUACGACUGGAACGAGAGCAUCUGCAAGGUCUUCGUGUCCACCUACUACACCCUGGCCCUGGCCACCUGCUUCACGGUCGCCUCGCUCUCCUACCACCGCAUGUGGAUGGUGCGCUGGCCCGUCAACUACCGCCUCAGCAACGCCAAGAAGCAGGCGCUGCACGCUGUGAUGGGCAUCUGGAUGGUCAGCUUCAUCCUCUCCACGCUGCCCUCCAUCGGCUGGCACAACAACGGCGAGCGCUACUAUGCCCAGGGCUGCCAGUUCAUCGUCUCCAAGAUUGGCCUCGGCUUCGGCGUCUGCUUCAGCCUCUUGCUGCUGGGGGGCAUCGUCAUGGGGCUGGUGUGCGUGGCCAUCACCUUCUACCAGACGCUGUGGGCCCGGCCCAGGAGGGC